UACGGACCUGCUCACCGACUCCCAUCCUGUUCCAGUGUUCCUGUCUGUCGCGUCAGAGCCAGAUCCCCUUUUUACCACCGCCACCGCCGCCGCCGCCAUGUCAGGCCCCGCAGCAGCAGCGGCCGCCGACGGGAACGGGAUGGAGAGGGUUCGCCGGAAAAAGGACUUCAGGCACAUGGAGCGCGUGGAGGGGCGCAUGGUGAACGUCCUCCAGGGCCUGGAGCUGCACACCGGCGUCUUCUCCCCCGCCGAGCAGCAGCGCAUCGUCGACGCCGUCCACCACCUGCAGGACAUGGGCCGACGGGGCCUCCUCAGAGGACGUAGCUACUCGGAGCCUCGCAAGUGGAUGCGUGGCAAGGGCCGCGCCACCAUCCAGUUCGGCUGCUGCUACAACUACGCCACCGACCGCCACGGCAACCCGCCGGGGAUCAUCCGCGACGAGGAGGUGGACCCGCUGCCGCCGCUGCUCAAGUCCAUGAUCCGCCGCCUCGUCGACUGGCGCGUCCUGCCGCCGUCCUGCGUCCCCGACAGCUGCAUCGUCAACAUCUACGACGUCGACGACUGCAUCCCGCCGCACAUCGACCACCACGACUUCCUCCGACCCUUCUGCACCGUCUCCUUCCUGGCUGAGUGCAGCAUCCUCUUCGGCAGGGACCUCAGGGUCCUGGGUCCUGGAGAGUUCGCCGGCUCAACCUCCAUCUCGCUCCCCGUCGGCUCCGUCCUCGUGCUCAGCGGCAAUGGUGCCGACGUCGCCAAGCACUGCGUCCCGGCCGUGCCUGCCAGGAGGAUCUCCAUCACCUUCCGUAAGAUGGACAACAGCAAGCUGCCCUUCAACUUCAGGCCCGACCCGGACCUCCUGCAGAACAACCUUGCGCCAUUAUUGCCGCACCCUGCUCCUGCUCAGCCGGCGGUGACCAACACUACCACCAGCCCCCAGCUGGACAAGGACAUCAGGCCCCAGCAGCAGCAGAAGAGACAGGGGCCUACAACAAGUGCUGCUGCCGUCAGAGCGGGACAGAUGACAGGAGGCGGCCCCAGCAGCAGCGGGUUCAUCAGCCUCUCCUCCGAUGACUUCCCGGCGCUCGGUGCUUCGCCCGCAACGGCAACGGCUGCUCCUGCUAGGAGAGGCAAAGGAAGGCGAUAGGGAUACUGCAUUGCCGUUCUUCACUUCUCCGUAGAAUUUGAAGAGGAAUAAGGCAUUGCUAGCUGUUAUACUUUUGUGCUGUAACAGUUGUCGGAUGUUGUUUUUUCCCCCCGAAAAAAAUCAUUUGUUCUUUGAUUU